UUACGUCAGUCGAUUUUAAUACGCGGAAGGAGUGGGUGUACAAAUUAGCGCGUGAAAACUGUUUUUAUAUUUACGUUAAUGAAAAUAAUGUUAGUGUAUUACAACAGUUGUUAAAACUUUAGGAGUGUUCAGUGUUUAUUUGUGAUUUGGUUAAGUGUAAAUAUAAAUAUGUGAGUGAUGUGUUGAUUAAAAAUUGUUUACGAUGGAUGGCAAAGUGAAAUAUUACGAAGGUUGUGGACAGGAAGGGCCGAUUCGUUGUAUAUUUUUGUGUGAAUUCCAUCCGACCGCUGGGCCGAAGAUAACAUGCCAAGUGCCAGAAAAUUAUAUAUCAAAAGAUAUUUUUGAUACAGUCAGUCAUUAUAUCAUACCGAAAGUACAACUUCAGAGAUGCACAUUGACAGUUACUCUACUCGGGUCGAAGAUCCUGGGCUUCCCAGUGAGGAUAGACAACAAGAAGUACGCCCGCAAUGCCUACUACUUCAACCUUUGCUUCGUUUGCGACGCGUGGGCCAGGACUGUGCAUCUCGAACCACUUGUCAAGAAACUCACAGAAUAUCUGUUGUCGAUGGAGUUGGAGACUGAAUGGCUGUCGAAGCAGUCUAUUUCUGGCGAAGCUAAAGCACUUGGUGGCCUGAUGCGGCAGGUGAUGCAGGAUAUCAACAGUCGAAGAAUGUGUACACUCACCGUCGGCACAACCACGACUCACUUGACGGUGGUCAGGGUGAACAGUGACCCUACUCCAGUCAAAGACCAUCAGGUUCCCGUGUUCCUCUACAGCAGGCAUUCCUUCGUCGCUGAUCAAUGGGACCUAACUACUAACCAGAUCCUGCCGUACAUAGACGGGUUCAACCACGUGUCGAAGAUCGCGGCCCUGACGGACGUGGAGAUCAGCUUGGUGCGCGCCUGCGUCCAGAACCUCGUCUACUACGGAGUGGUCACGCUCGUGCCCAUCUUCCAGUACUGUGCUGUGUACAGCGCGACCCCUAAGCUAAGGCAGCUCACUCGGUGCGCGGGCUUGCAGAGACAGUGUGUCGAGUUCUGCGCACGAACACCUCGUCAGCUGCCGAAAGUGAGCGACAUAUUCCGAAUGUACGCGGGCAUGUCGUACGGCAGCACCAUCAGAGACCUCUGCCGGAGGAUGAAGCCGCAGGAGCUGGCCAUCAACGAGAGGAAGCUCGUGCUCUUCGGAGUACUAGAGGGACUGAUUAGGAGGGUGUAUAAGUUCCCGAUAACUCUUCACAACGACGAUUCAGCAUCCAUAAUAAGCGACCACAGCCAACCACUCGUGCGCACGUACAACGGCCUAGUGUGCUUGGACGAACUAUGCUGUCAAAGCGGCCUGUCAGCCCUACAGAUAGAAGAACAGCUAGAAAGAGAUAGCAACGUCAUAUUCAUCGUCAAAUGAAAGAGACGGCACGUGUUUUGUCUGUUACUACCACAAAUGGGAGAUCUAUGAGCAGAAUGGUCAUUGGUCAUAUUAUAAAUGGAAUCAGUCUUUUGACAAAAUGCCUUUUGACGAUUUAAAGAGGAAUUUAUUAUCUGUGAAAGGUAAUUAAGCUGUUCCUGGUGAGACUCAGAUUUUUUGGUCUGAAAAAAGUAUCUGCACUUGACUCGUAAUUUUCAACCUUAUGGACCGUUGAUAAGGUUCUAAAUGCUUUUGAAUAUGAUAUCUAUGUCGCUGCUUGAAGAAUGGACAUGAAAACUUGUAACCGCCGUACUCAGAGACAUUUAAUGAUUACUUAAAAUACUCCUUAGUAGCGAUUUUGUUCCAAAAACAAAUGCUAAGGACUGGGUUAAGUAACCAUUAAAUGAUCAGAGCACGGCGGGUAGCAGUAAGUCAAAGUUAAAGAGUUUAUUGCAACUAAGUAAGUUUAAACGAGUAAUUUUUGAAACCAUAUGUGACAUAAUAUUUGAAAACUUGACUGCAUAGAUUUUUUACAUAAUUGCGCUACAUUUUAUGCUAUUGCGCAUACGCAUUGUCUCGUGUUCAUAGCCACAGUUUACAGAUAACUUUUAUAAAACUUAUAAUGUACGUGAAUUUUAUUGAAAUAGACGAAGCCGGGUGAAAUGCUUGUAUAUUUAUUAUUAUUCAUAUAUUCUAUAAAAUAACGUUAUUAUUGUAAAUACAAGUUAUUUGAUUGUUAUAAGAAAAUCUAAAAUUAGAGUAUAGCUAUCUUCUUCUAAAAAGAACAAGAGAAAAGGACAGCAAUACUCUCAAUUUUAGGAUGAUGUACGAAAUUGGACACUAUUAUGCUUGAGUAUAAAGUGUAUAUUUGCAAAUCAAUGUAAAUUUUGUAAAAUGAUGUCAAUGACCCACAGUAAAAACUUAUUAUGACUAUUAGGUCCAUAAAACAACGAAUGAACGAAAUUUUUUAAUUAAAUAAUUAUAAUUAUUACCUAAAUAUGUUACCUCUGCCUAUUACAUAGCGCAAAAAGGCGUUGUGUUAAAAUUCAUAUAAGGUCAUUAGAUCUCCAUUUUAUAAAAAAAAUAUUAUAGUAACAUUUUCUAUUCUAAAUGAAGUUUAUUGCAAGCAAAAAUAAAUCUUAUUGUUCUAUAAUAUGCAAGCGAUUUUCAACUUUAAGAACUAAAACAAACGAGCUAUUUUAUCUUGUCACUAAUACGUGUAUUUUUGUAAAUAUGUAAAUGUAAUUAACGAUUUUAUUCGAACCAAUCUGAAAUGAAUAUAUUUCUGUAAAUCUAUGCAAUUUUGUACCGUAUUUGUAAGGAUUUUAAGACGAUUUUUAAAUAACCAUACUUUGUAAAAAUAUUACCUUCGUAUUUAGAAAGCUAGUUACUUUAUUUUUAGAUUAUAACGAAAACGGUUUUAUGAUAAGAUUUUAGAAAUAAUCUCUAUACUUAGGCCAAGAUUGAUUUGAAAUAUUUUUAAGGGGGGGAGGGAUCAUCCAAUGUGUUCUCCCGCCUUGGGCUAAGCGAGAUGGGGGCGAGAGGGAGACUCUUACUGACUAAAAACCACCCCGUUCCUACUUACUCCUGAAUUUCGAAGAAGUAAACCAGGCAUUGGUCUUGAAAUAUUCAUACCUAAAUUAUCUGAUCUAAUUGGACUUUCUUGUGUGUUUGGAUCACACACUCCUCCGUGCGGAAAUGAGAUCCCGCUAAGCAUUAUAUGUACAACCGCCGUGCAACCGUACCUACUCUUUAUAGUUUGUUUCAAAACAUUUUACAUCGAUCUUGGUCUAAGUUUAGUUAUAACGUCGUUCUAAAGAGCGUCUAAUUUAAUUUGUAUAAUGUACAUAAGAAACUGCUCAAUAUUCUUAGUUAUAGACGUAUUUUUAUAUACCUACGUUUGUUUUUUAAAGUUUAUCAAUUGUACAUAAUACCAUUCAAUCCGUAAAGGUGCUAAUAUAUUACUGUAACGUUAAAAUGUAUGCAAGCGUAAUUCUGUUGUAAAAGUUUUUAAAAAACCAAAGAAAAAAUGGUAUGACUGUGUUGCAAUGUGAAAAAUAUUUUAUUUAGGUAUUUUUGUAAUAGUGUUUUAGUUUGAUUAUUUCAAUAUUUUUAAAGUACAUUUUUAAAAUGCAAUUUGUUUAAUCAUUAUGUAUAAAACGAAUAAAAAAAUCUCACCCCCUCUUAUAUGGGACUCAUAACAUAAAUGGUGAAAAAUGGGUGUACAUUGUACAGUGGCAUUAAGUGCACUAAUGUGCACCUCUGCCUACCCCUUCAGGGAUAAAAGGCGUGACGUUACGUUACACACGUAAAGUGCAUCUGUGUUUUAAAACAAGUUUCAAAAACAUUUAAAUAAUAUUUCUUGUUUAUUUUUGUUCACUAUGUUUGUUACAAUAAGGACUAUUAUUGAUUACAGCAUCGAAUGCGAUCGAGCCCUCUUUAAAUAGUGUCAGUAACCCACCGACAGUGUUCUUAUUAAUAUAACGCCUAACGCAACGACAUCAGGGAAGAGAGCACCUUAAAUUAACUAAAUAUUUUAAUACCUUUAUAUUAUGUAAAUUAAAUUUGCAUUGGCUAAACUGUAUCCAUACCUAUAUACCUAGGGUGACUGGUAAUUAGUGAACGAUAUUUAAACACGUGAUUGUACUCAUGAUUACAAACAACUUUCCCUAAGAAACUUUUCUUGUAUACUCAUUAGUUUUAUUUUUAUCACAAUAACAAAAUUUCGCGCGCGUGUUACUAAUAGAUACUUUGAAUCUUUACGCACGCAGGCUAAUAAAAGUUUGGAAUUUUGUUAUUGUGAUAUAAAUAAAGCGUUCGUCGCUCUGAUUGGCCGGGUCGUGUUAACCUACCAAUCAGAAUGCCAAACCCAUUCUCGUUAAACGAAAAGCAAGCUCGUACUAAGCCCUCAGAGGUGACGCUGUUGCCAAGUUACAGAUGUUUAUAACCAGUUUAGCCAAAGCAAUGACUAAUUUCUAUCUAUUUCUAAACUAGACUUAAAAAAUACCUAAAAAAUAUGUACAUCUAGUGGCGUCUAGUCGUGUUUAGUGGAAUAAUCUGUAUAUUUGUUGAUUGUAUGCUUUAUAUUGUAGACUACAACCGGUUAUAGUCAGUUUAAUCCGGUUAUUUUAUUAUUAUUCUCUUGUCAGCUUACUCUGUUCUUAAUUUUAAGGCGUGUUCAUUAAAUAUAUUUUUUUAAUUAUGUUGGACAUUCUUUUAUACCUAAUGCGCUCUAACAAGGUGCGGCUGACAGAUUCAGUAACGUUUCGUAUCACUCUUGAAAGUUGCUGCGAUUUAAAAAUUAUGCCUUAGUAUUUUAACUGUAUCACAUUCGUAUUAUGUUAAAUCAUUCGGAUGCGUAGUUAAUUAAAUUAAAACCAACCGGAAUGUUCUAGUAUUCAAUUAAAAUCUAAUGAAAUGAAAAAUAAAGUAAAGUGUUAUGCGUAUAACGUAAAGCCAUAGUCGUGUUUAGUGAUGGGAUGUACGGCUACGAUGGAUAGGUAGUCGAUGUUUUUAUAGAAUAAAAAACGAAAAUCGUGCGUCGUUCAAUUAUCAUUCUUAAAAAACCUUUAAUUAUGUGGGUAAAUCCACUGUAGACGCGGCUCUCUCUGCCCAAACCACAGUGACAUUAUCUGAGCAGAAAUAUGUAGUAGGCAUUUUUCUAGACAUUUCCGGCGCCAUUGAUAAUGCGUGGUGGUACUUAAUCUAACAUAUACAAACUAAUAUAUCCUUGUUUUCUUCACGGUUCUGUAAAACUGAAACUCUGAAACACCUCAGGGCUCGGUCAUAAAAUAUUUAUUUUGACAAGUAUAUACACGUAGUUAGACUGCACAACUAAAUAACACACACAUUUAAUAAAAAAAUUAAAGAGAAUUAAAUGUAUGCUGCGAGUAUCGAUAGCGAUAAAAAAGAUUUUUCUAAUGUCCAUCCCUAAAGAGAGACGUCAACGUCAUACUGGCAUCUGUCAGCCGCACCUUAUAGCGCACAAGGUAUAAUUUGGUUUUCUGAUUCAGAUGAAUUAAACGCGACUUUUAAUUAUGAGGAAUUCUUUUCUCGACAAAUAUGAAUCAAUGAUUACGAAAUUUCAUUCUCUUUUCUCCAUAAGUCGCCUGAACACGCCAAAACUAGUCAGGAUUCUUUUGUGCCUUAUUUCUUGUAUAUUUGAAAUUAACCUUUUGAACGCCACGGACGUUUAUAGACGUCUAACGAAAUCGUGCCAAACACGCCACCGACGUCUAUAGACGUCAAGAAAACGACAUUUUUUAAAUACAAAAUAAAUAUACUAAAUUAAG